AUGGACGCCACCACAGCCCCCCACAACAUCCCGGCGGAUAUGCCCAAAUAUGGAGAGAAACAUCAUAUCUUCGAGAUGAUGCAGAUCUUGCUACAGGAACUCUUGAUUCACCAACCAGAGGAACCCAUUCAAUUUAUGAUGGAUCACUUGCAACGAGACAAUGAUACAGUGCCAAGGAUCUUUUUAUUGGGCCCACCUGCCUCCGGGAAAACGACUAUUGCAAUGUGGCUCUGUAAACAUUUGAAUGCCAGCCUGAUUACACUGCAGAACUUAAUAUGGAAUGAAUUUUCAGCACUAGCUGUGAAAGCAGUGGAAAUGUUUGAAGCAAACCAGGUAAUUCCUGAUUGGUUGCUGAUGAAAUUGCUCCAGGAACGUCUUUCAAAAGAUGAGUGUGUCUCAAAGGGCUGGAUUUUGGAUGGCCUUCCUGAAACUCGAGAACAGGCACUGAGGUUUCAGACUUGUGGAAUCUGUCCCAGGCAUGUCAUUGUGCUGAUUGCUCCAGACACUGUACUUAUUGAGAGAAAUCUGGGGAAAAGGAUUGAUCCUUUCAAUGGAGAGGUUUAUCACACAACAUUUGACUGGCCUUCGGAUCCUGAGGUGCAGAACCGGCUGCUGGCACCAUUAGGCAUUUCUGAGGAAGAGACAGCCAAGAGGCUAAUAGAGUAUCACAGAAACAUUAAUAGAAUUCUCCCUUCUUAUCCUAAAAUUUUGAAGGUCAUCAGUUCUGACCAGCCUUGUGUGGAUGUCUUUUACCAAGCUCUGACCUAUGUCCAAAGCCAACAUCGAUCGAAUGCUCCUUUUACUCCAAAGAUUUUGCUUUGUGGACCCACAGGCAGUGGGAAAAGUCUGCAGGCAGCUCUCCUUGCUCAGAAAUAUGGCAUUAUCAAUAUCUCCUGUGGGCACCUGCUGAAAGAAGCAGUUGCAAACAAUUCAACUGUUGGAGAAGCCAUCCGGCCAUUUUUUGAAAAGGACAUGGAAGUUCCUGAUCAAAUCGUCAUUAGAGUUCUCGCAAAACGUCUUGGUGAACAGGAUUGUAUUUGCUAUGGAUGGGUGCUUCAUGGUUUCCCUCGAGACGCAGAUCAAGCAACUCUCCUGGAAAAUGUGGGAUUCACACCCAACAGGCCUUUGCAGAAGAAGCCAGCAUUUCCUAAUAUGAUUUCAGAGGCUGCAAAUGAAGAUGGUUGUGACAGGCAAGUAUCAGCUGGGUCAGCAGGCCUGGCGUCAAACAGUCAGCUGGAGCCCCUGGCUAUAAGCCUCAAAGCAUUUGUUGCAAAACUCCCUUUGUCAGAAGACAACUCUGACUACAAUGCAGCCAGGUUUAUGAAGAAUGAGCAUGCUGGGGAUUCAGCCUCUGAAUCUAGCCCUGUGUCAGAGAGGCCAAGGCAAAACUGA